UAAUGGACGGGAAGUUUCUUCAACAACCACAACUGCGACAACAGUAGCUUUGCUAGCCAACGUAGCGGAACAUUUGAGCUCUUUGUACGUUUUUGGUUAUUAUUAGCCACUGUUUUAAACACACGUCUGUCGUAUCUACUAGUUACCCCUUUUAAUAUCACAUUUACGUUGGUGUUGGUCAGCUAGCUGUCUGGUUAAGGUAGCAGUAGCUAUAGGUUAGUCGCUAAUGCUAACUAGCUAACAUCCCCGACAAUGACUUCAAAAAGCUACCACACCUCCGCUGAAGAGGAUGACUGCUGGACCGAGAGAGAAGCUAUUGUGAAAGAGGAGAAGGAAGAAGAGGCUGUCACAGUUAAACAAGAAGUAGAGGAUGAGGCUGUUACGGUGAAGGAAGAGGGGGAAGAUAAACAAGAGGGUGCAGUUUGUACAGUGAAAGAGGAGACGACUGCCACGGUGAAAGAAGAGGAAGACGUUUUUGGAGUGGAGGGGGAGAUCACUGUCACACUGGAGGAGGAAGAAGAGGAGAAUGGAGAUCUGAUUAACACCAGAGCGAGACCAGACUCAGAGGAACCAGAGACGUCUGAACCAGCAAGACGACACCACUGCUCCCAGUGUGGAAAAAGUUUUACCCAAUUACGGACACUGAAGGUGCAUGGAAGAAUACACACUGGAGAGAGGCCCUACCAAUGUUCCCAAUGUGGAAAGAGUUUUGCCCUGUUAGAGAGCCUGAAAAUACAUAAUAGAAUACACACAGGAGAGAAGCCUUACCAAUGCUCCCAGUGUGGAAAGAGAUUUUCACAGUUAAGUUGCCUGAAAUCACAUGAGAUAAUACACACAGGAGAUAAGCCUCACAAAUGCCCUCAAUGUGGUAAUACUUUUAAGCGGUUAAGUAACCUGAAGGACCAUAAAAGAGUACACACAGGAGAAAAGCCCUACCACUGUAUCCAUUGUGAAGAGCGUUUUAGCUGGUCAAGGCAACUGAAAGCGCAUGAGAGAACACACACCGGAGAGAAGCCCUACCAAUGUUCCCAGUGUGGAAAGAGUUUUACCCAGCUAGGGAGCCUGAAAAUACAUAAUAGAAUACACACAGGAGAAAAGCCUUACCAAUGCUCCCAGUGUGGAAAGAGAUGUAAACGGUUAAGUUGCCUGAAAUCACAUGAGAUAAUACACACCGGAGAUAAGCCUCACAAAUGCCCUCUAUGUGGUAGUACUUUUAAGCGGCUAAGUAACCUGAAGGAACAUGAAAGAGUGCACACAGGGGAAAAGCCUUACCACUGUUUCCAAUGUGAAAAGAGUUUCAGCACGUUAAGGCAACAAAAAGAGCAUGAGAGAACACACACCGGAGAGAAGCCCUACCAAUGCUCCCAGUGUGGAAGGCGUUUUAACCGCUUAAGUAACCUGAAAUCACAUGAGUGGACACACAGGAGAGAAGCCACAUCACUGAUCUGUGUGGAAAUAGUUUAACCUCAUCAGGCUUCCUGAAGAUUCAUGAGCAAAGCCUUUCCACUGCUCCCAGUGUGGAAUGACAUUUACCUGGUUAAGGCAACUGAAAUCACAUGAAAGAAUCCCACACGAGAGAAAUGUUAUGAAUGCUCUCAAGUGUAGAAAGAUAUUUACCCAGUUUAGGCACCUGAAAGACCGAGGUUACCCUCUCAGCGGAGAAGCCUUACCCAUGCUCCCAGUGUGGAGAGCGAUAUUUCACACAUAAUUACAAUUCAUGACGUAACAGACACAUUGCUCCCACACUUGUUCUCAUCUUUUACUGAAAAUUGGUGGUUUGUCAUUUUGUUUAUGCUCUUAUUUCCAAAUGAAAUCAAAUUGGAGAAAACCUACUCAAAAAAUACAUUUUAUGUUUUAAAAUCCCAAGAUAUGAAUUGAAUUUGGAGUGUGUCCAUUUUUAUGUAGAUUAUGUACACACACACACACACUGUGAUUAAAUAGUAUUUUUUU